GGUUCAUUAGUGUUGGGGAUGGAAGCAGGAAGGACAUGUGAGAUAGUCACAGAUCUGCAGUGAACGGGGCCACAUCUCUCCAGUCAGUGUGGGAUGACUGAAGCAGAGAAACAGCUCAUUUCUCUGAGAGGCACACAGCGCAGCCGGGCUCUGCCUUCACACCGCCGCUCCUACUGAAGGAUUCGGCGGAGGAACCAAAGGAGAACAGCAACUCUGGGCUAUUUUCUUCACCCUGAUAACACGUUGAGUGUUUGACAAGGCGCUGCUCUGUUCUGUACCGCUGACUGCCUCGCGAAGCGCGGACCUACACUGGCUCUGGGUUAGGGGGAAAUACCACUAAAAUAUCUGUUAUUUCACUUCGGUUUUUGUGGAUGCACCGAUGAGAGAUCCAGUUUUUACAGGGACUGCAAUGGCUUAUCACCCUUUCCACGCACACCGGCCGACCGAUUUCCCCAUGUCCGCCUUCCUAGCGGCCGCGCAGCCUUCCUUCUUCCCGGCGCUCAGUCUGCCUCCCGGGGCGCUCACCAAGCCCAUCGCGGACCACGGCCUGGCCGGGGCGGCGGAGGCUGGGCUCCACCCGGCCCUCAGCCACCAUCAGGCGGCUCAUCUCCGCAGCAUGAAGAGCCUGGAGCCCGAGGAGGAAGUGGACGACGACCCAAAAGUUACACUGGAAGCCAAGGACCUUUGGGACCAGUUUCAUAAACUCGGGACGGAGAUGGUUAUUACCAAAUCUGGGAGGAGGAUGUUCCCUCCGUUCAAAGUGCGAAUAAACGGGCUCGAUAAAAAAGCCAAAUACAUCCUGCUGAUGGACAUCGUGGCGGCGGACGACUGCCGCUACAAGUUCCACAACUCCCGCUGGAUGGUGGCGGGCAAGGCCGACCCGGAGAUGCCCAAGAGGAUGUAUAUUCACCCGGACAGCCCGGCCACCGGCGAGCAGUGGAUGGCCAAGCCUGUUGCUUUCCAUAAACUCAAGCUGACCAACAAUAUCUCGGACAAACACGGAUUUACCAUCCUGAACUCCAUGCACAAGUACCAGCCCAGGUUCCACAUAGUGAGGGCCAACGACAUCCUCAAGCUCCCCUACAGCACCUUCAGGACCUACGUGUUCCCGGAGACCGAGUUUGUGGCCGUGACAGCGUAUCAGAACGACAAGAUCACGCAGCUGAAGAUUGACAACAACCCUUUUGCGAAAGGCUUCAGAGACACGGGGAACGGCCGGAGGGAGAAAAGGAAGCAGCUGACCAUGCCGUCGCUGCGGAUGUAUGAGGACCAGUGCAAGGCGGACCGAGACGGCGUGGACUCGGAUGCCUCGUCCAAUGAGCCUCCGACCGGCAGGGACGCAGUCCACUCCCCGCUGGGAGCCGGAACCAGUCCGCUGAGGUUCAGCAGGCCCAGCCGAGAUGAGAAAACAUGCACUGACAGCGAGCAGGAGCUGGAGCAUCACGACGAGCGCUGCACCGCCUCCAACAGCCCGGGACCUGAACCUGUGUCCCCCUACAGCUCCAGGUGUGAGGAGCGCAUGAGGGAAAAGCCCAGCACUGAAAAGAAGGACGACUCCAUAUUCAGUAUAAGGAACCUUGAGAAGGACAAAGUGGAGAGCAGGCACAGGAAGGACACCACGGACGCGUUGACAAAGGACUCGGAGGCUGGAGGCAUCAGUGCCAGUAAGGACGCCUUCUCCCCUCUCGUGGUCCAGACUGAAAGCCCCUCGCACUUCAGCCCAGGCCACUUACAAAGCCUGGCUCUGUCUGGUCUGCACAGUCAGCAGUUCUUUAACCCUCUGAACACCGGAUCGCCGCUGUUGUUUCACCCCGGGCAGUUUGCCAUGGCCCCUGGAGCCUUUUCUGCUAUGGGCAUGGGGCAUCUAUUGGCCUCUGUAUCCGGAGCAAGUGGUUUGGAAAAUGGCAGCCUCUCCGCCCAGGGCACAGGAGGAACCCCUAACCCAUUCCCCUUCCAUCUGUCCCAGCACAUGCUCGCCUCUCAGGGCAUCCCCAUGCCUCCAUUCGGAGGUCUUUUCCCGUAUCCAUACACCUAUAUGGCAGCAGCUGCAGCAGCUGCCUCAGCUUCAGCCCUCCCAGCAACCAGCACCUCCAGCCCACUGUCCAGAAACCCCUUCCUGGGCUCUUCUCGGCCCCGGCUCCGCUUCAACCCCUACCAGCUCCCAGUGUCGCUGCCUCAGAGCUCCAGCCUGCUCACCACCGGCCUGCCGGGCAGCCUCAACCCAGGCUCUGAAUCCUCUAAACCAGGCAGCAGGGAGACCAGCCCAGCCCCGGAGCACCACAGCAACCACAAGACAGGAGGCUCGAGUGGAAGAGCUGCAUCUCCCAAAACCUCCAUGAAGGACUCGGUCAAUGAGCUGCAGAGCAUCCAGAGACUGGUGAGCGGCCUGGAGGGCCAGAGGGAGCCUUCCCCAAGUGCAGACUCUCCCAAGUGAUUAAGACUCUCAGUUUUGGAUGAAGAUUUGGCUUGAAUACAGAGGACAAUAAGUGCAUAUGUCCUGUACAGCACAUUACAGAGACUGGGAUGAGGUCUGACCGAUGAGGGUCUAUGAAGGCCGAUUACUAAUAUCUUUCAGAACAAACCUGCAGGUAGACAGAAAUAUUGUCUAUGUUGUUAUAUUUAACCUUUUAAUUUCACAAGUAUUGAAGGUUUCCUCCAGAGCUGUCCUGUUGAAGGGGUGGACAGACAACACCUCCACGUCCUCAGACACCAAAACCCUCCCAUGAAUUAUAUUGUUUGUAGGGUUAGUCGCUCUUGAAGGCAGGCAAACUCCCCCAAGAAACUCUGGAAUAUAUCUCUAUAUUGAUUAGAAACAAAUCAAUUUAGAAACAUAAAUAAAUAAAACACACAAAAAGCAUAUGGAAACAAUUUAGAAAAUAAAGCACUAAAUAAUGAUCAGAUAUUAUUAAAUAAGAAAAGCAACUCCAACCACUUCAGUUUAAGGAUGUGUAAUAGAGAGGACACUACAAAAACUGCUUUGAAUCAAACUUGAUCAUAUCAUUGUGUGAGGUGGACCACAGCAGGCCGGUAUCGGCCCCAGAUAUCGGUGUGAAUGCCUGCAGCUCCGCUGCGCUGCAGAAAAUGUGUGUUGAGUUUAGUAAACUUGAAGCGUUGAGCAUCCAGGCCUGGUUGAAAGCCUGGACAGGAGCAGAAACACCGACAGACAGGUCUGAUCAUUUCAAAAGGGAUGGAAGGUGAACGUUCCGUCUGCUAGAGGAAGACAGAGAGAACCGCUUAACAAUUCAUGCCAGAAAAAACCUUUCUGAACUAUUUAUGUAAUUAAAAAAUUCUGUAAAUAAAGCUAAGAUCCAAGAAUAUGCAAUUGGUAUUAAUUUAUUCAAGGUUGUAUAUUAGCGUGUAUAUAUUUCGAAUUGAGCUUUUUUUCCCCCUUCCCUCUCCUCCUCCUCCUUCCCUUAUUUUACAUGAACAUAUACUGUAAAUUAAAGCUAUUUAGCGCUUGUUGGUUUGAAAAAACUGUGUAUGAAGCAUCGCUGAUUUUUUAGGAGACGUGUGUGCCAUGUUUUAGUCUGCAUCCACCGACAAAUACAGAGGAACAGAGAGAGAAAGAGCUCCACAUGGAUUCAAAAACACCUCAGGUUAUUUCACUCCAGCCAGGAGACAUUCAAAUCAAUUCCUCCUUUGGGCGCGUCGUUCAUAUCUAUUCAUAAAUAUAUUUAAAGAUGGAAGUAUCUUGUUUAUGCUGGUUGUCCGGGUAUUUUUUUUUCUUUUUUUUUCUUUUUUGUCUCACAAUUUCAAUAAAAAAUCGUUGUGCUGAAAGCUUGUA